UUGGCGGCUGGAGCGAGCGUGGCGCCGGCUGGUCCCGAGGCCCAUGUCCUCGGCGGCGGCCCGCAGGAUGAGGAAGGACGAGUCGUUCCUGGGCAGGCUGGGCGGCACGCUGGCCCGCAGGAAGAAGGCCCGCGAGGUGACCGACCUGCAAGAGGAGGGCAAGAAUGCCAUCAACUCCCCGCUGUCCCCGGCCUUGACGGACAUCCACCCCGAGGACACCCUGCUAGAGGAGAACGAGGAGCGCAGGAUGAUCGACCCCGUCUCCAAGGAGGACCCCAAGUUCAAGGAGCUGGUCAAGGUGCUCAUCGACUGGAUCAAUGAGGUGCUGGCCGAGGAACGGAUCAUCGUGAAGCAGCUGGACGAGGACCUGUUCGACGGGCAGGUGCUGCAGAAGCUUCUGGAGAAGCUGGGCCACUGCAAGCUGAACGUGGCCGAGGUGACCCAGUCGGAGGUCGGGCAGAGGCAGAAGCUGCAGACGGUGCUGGAGGCCGUGCAGGAGCUGCUGCGGCCCCACGGCCGGCCCCUGCCAUGGACUGUGGACUUGAUUCACGGGAAGAACCUGGUGUCCAUCCUGCAGCUGCUCCUCUCACUGGCCACGCACUUCCGGGCGCCCAUCCGCCUCCCCGAGCAUGUGUCUGUGCAGGUGGUGGUCGUGCGGAAGCGGGAAGGGCUGCUGCAUUCCAGCCACAUCACGGAGGAACUGACCACCAGCACCGAGAUGAUGGCCGGCCGCUUCGAGCGGGACGCCUUUGACACGCUGUUCGACCACGCCCCGGACAAGCUCAACUUGGUGAAGAAGUCCCUCAUCACCUUCGUGAACAAGCACCUGAACAAGCUCAACCUGGAGGUGACGGAGCUGGAGACGCAGUUCGCAGACGGCGUCUACCUGGUCCUGCUCAUGGGCCUGCUGGACGGCUACUUCGUGCCCCUGCACCUCUUCCACCUGACCCCCGAGAGCUUCCAGCAGAAGACCCACAACGUGUCCCUGGCCUUCGAGCUCAUGCUGGAGGGGGGUCUCGCGAAGCCCAAGGCCCGGCCCGAAGAUGUGGUGAGUCUGGACCUCAAGUCCACCCUGCGUGUCCUGUACAGCCUUUUCACCAAGUACAAGAACAUGGAGUGACAGCAAGAACCCGAGACCACCCCCCGACCCCGCCCGCUCCUGCCCAC